CCCCAAAGAAACCCUGAAUCAUUUUGAUGUCUCAAUAAGUCUGAUACUGAGAACAGAAACAAAAUAAAAAACAAAGAGAUUUGACUCAAGUGAUUAUCUUCCUUAUGAGAAGUUGUGUACAAUGGCAUACAACUGAUUUUUGUCUUCUUGGCUAUUUGACCAUCUGUUUUUUGCUGUUUUUCUUCAGCCUAUGUUAAUCUUACAGAUAUCUGUACCCUCCUCUCCUCUCUGUGUUCUAAAGUCACAGUCACAUGACUUCCUUGGCAACAGCUGCUGCUGUCAGCAGAGGGUGCUGGAAAGGGAAACUUACAGCAAUGUCCUGCAAUCACCCUAACUCUCGGUUUUGCUUUCCCCUGUUGCCUAGUGACCGCUGCACUUAUGAAAUCUAGGGUAUGUUAGAACAAGUCACCACGGAGAGAGUUACAUAAAUCACAUUUUGACUCAAUACUAGGCCCUGAAGCCAGAGACUUGAUUUCACAGGAUGUAGAGUAGAACCUGAACUGUGGUGAGAGGAAAUCAGCAGGAUUGUUGAAAAUAUCUGACAGGAAAAGGAGAGUGAAUGAGGUACCUUCAUGUCCUCUGUGUUCUUUGACCGACCAGCGUGGCACACGGGUGACUGUUCAGAACUAGUUUCACUUUCAUUUCUUGAGAGCAACUGACGUCAAAGCUCUCAGUGGUGUAUUGCCAGAGACAAGGUUUUAAAAGGAAGGGUAAACACAGACAGAGCCAGUUCAAGUUGCUCAGUGUAGUUUACUGUUUACCGUACCUGGCAGUGAGAGUUGCAAUUUGUGACAUGGCCGCAGGUCAACAGGAAGUAAUAGAACUGGUAAGGCAACACCCAGAAGGCAUCCCAGUUAAAAAACUGGCAGUGUCCUACAACCAGAAGUACAAACGGAACUUGACUCUGAGCACGCUCGGAUUCACCAGCAUGCCAAAGUUCUUGGGCUCCAUGGCAGAGCUGGUCGUGGAGGACGAGGUCGUUUUCCACCGCUCCCACAGGAUUAACCGACACGCGACCACCCCCGCAGCUCCAGCCGCGUCCGCAGCACCGCCAGGUAAAGACCCCAAACCGGCGAUACACACGAGAUUCGGCGAGAGCCCCGACCCACCGCCCACCGAACUGACCCAGGAGGAGCAGCUGCUGGAGAAGGUUGGGGAGGUGGUGAGACACUACCCUGUGGCGGCCACGUCCAUUGUUCAGCUGCAGAACAGCUACUUCCUCCAUUUUGGCACACCCCUGCCCAUGAGUUUGUACGUGCCGCUUUAUGACCGCUUGACGCAAAAAACACCGCCGGCAGCCACCUCAAAGCCAAAGGAAGCCAAUGGGGAACCAGAAUCACUGAGCUUUUUUGCAACGCCAGAGGGAAGCAGGAAGGGGAGCCCGGUGGCCUGGGCCGGGGCGCGCUCCAUGAGCCAAGCGAGGGACGAGCCACCGCUGGUCCAGCCCAAAGAGGCCUCUCCGCCGGACGGCCUGGCCAGCAGCGACUUCCCCCCACUGGGGGCAGCGACACCGUCCAAGGCUGAGGAGCGCCGGCGGCAGCGGACAACGUCAACCCCGGAUCGGGAACGGGAGAGCUCGGUGACGUUCCACGAUGCCUACCACGCCCAGCUGAGGGAGCGGCACGGUGCCAACGUGCGCGCCGCCGAGGCCCUGGAGGCCUUCGAGGGCGGCGGUGGCAGCAGAGAGCGUCGCUCGAGGAAGAUCGUGAGCCCCAGCGACGUGGACAGCCUGGCCGAAGAUGUCAUCAGGUCCCUCGCCGCCAGAGGAGAGCUGGUGACUGUCGAGAGGGUUGUGUGUCAGGUGUGCGAGUACCUGCAAAUCGACUCCCUGCAGUCCAUGAGGAUUUAUCACCGCGACUUACCGGCUGUGAACAACCUGCUGCGGGCCAUCAAAGAGAUCAACAUGUUCAUUGAGUCCAUGCACGCCGUAUCUGCUGUGUGCACGCUGUACGAGCUGGGCCAAGCCCUGGCUGGCCUGCAGAACAAGAAGCGUUUCGAUGAGCUCAACCUCGGCCCCCUGUGCAAGAACCCGCUCAUUCACAAGAUGUUCAAAGUGGACGCCAACACCAAGGAUGAGGACAUACAUCGCAUCGAGACGGUGGACAUUUUGAGGAGUCUCCAAGCAUUCCGAAAAAAAUGCAAAGGCGUCAAGGUGGACCUCGCCGAGUUCAUGAAACACCUCGCUGAUCAGUACAACUGUGACUCCCCUUACGCGCUGGGCAUUCGCAUUCAGGGCCUUGGGCUGCCCAUUUCGACCUUGACGAAGGCGACCCAAGCCAUGUACAAUCUCAUGGACAAGGCCAGAGACCAGGUGCGGCUCGAGCUGGAGCAGGAGGUGCAGGAAAAGCUCUGGAAGAUCAAAAAUAGCUUGAUGGAACCGGCGGAAGGAUCCGCCCAGUUUUUCUCCUCCUCCUCGUUCGGCAGCCGCGAGCUGAGGAAGAAGUACGCCGGCAUGAGCGCCGCCGAGGCCGUGAUGUUGGUCUUCACCAACGCUGAGGGCAUCUUCAGCGCCACCAUGAUCAAGCGUGUGCAGACCUUCCUGUCCUCCGUGAAGGACGACCGACUGGCCAAGAGCCUGUUCCAGCUGGCCAUCUGCUGCGGAUCUCUGGAGGCCCCUAAUGACCUACCAGCCGGUGAGACAUCCCGGAAGAACGACAUGAAGAAGAAGAAGAAGAAAGAGGAGGACGAGGAGGAUGACAGCAUCUCCAUCAUGGCUCCCUCUGAAACUGCAGUGAAGCAGUACUUCCAGGAGUGUGUGGCCAGGCUGUGUGGUGUGCCCACCCUCGGUUACCUGUCCAACCUGGAGAAGAAGAUGGCCGAGCACUUCAAGGUCAAAGCCUUCCUCCGACUCGCCCAGGGAAGCUUCCUGGAGUUCCUGGUCAAGCACUCCGAGACCCUGCAGCAGACAGUAGGGGGCGCCAUCCUCAUUGGCAGCCAGGGCUCCGGCGCAUGUGGCUUCAGGCCCAGCCAGCAGGACGUGUUUGAGUUCAUCACACAGUGUGGCGAGGGAGAUCCCAGCAGACUGCCGUUCAUCGAGGCGUCCCUGAGGAGUCACUACGGCCUCCGGGACACCAGGGAGUUGGGCUACGGCCCGCUCGGCACCCUGCUGACCAUCGUCCAGCGCCAGAGAAGCCUGGGCGACCCGCUGGGCCCCAGCGUUGUGCGUUACGAGGCCCCGCUGUUGCCCAAAGGGUCCGGGGAGCGGGCGUGCGAGUCGGUGGGGAUGCUGGGGGCGGUGAGGCGGGAGCAGGCCGUGUCCUGUCUGCUGUCCACUCCUCUGCUGGAGGACCUGGAGCAGUGGAGCCUCUGGGAGCUGGUGUUCCUGCCCAGCCUGGGUCCCCUCAAGGAGUUCAUCGAGAGGCACUGCGCCCACACAGACCUGAUGGCGUUGGAGGUAAAGCCAGGCGUGCUCCUGCGGGUGACCAGAUCCACGGGCGACAGGCUCUUUGCAGAAGCGGUGCAGACUCUGGACGCCACAGGGACGGCCGGCCACCUGGUGUCCAUCGUGGUGGCUGAUGGGAUAUUGAACGCCCCCACGGCCCUUCUGGCCAAUCACAUGGAGAGUUCACUAGCUGCAGCUGUGGCAAGGGAAGAUUCUGCUCAAGUAGAAGAUGGUCAGGCUUACAGCACAGUGGCCCAGUUUGUUCUAGAAUGCAUGGUCAGAAUCCCCACGAAAAUCUGCACAGCCCUACUGCAACAGAUCUUUCUGGAGCCUCUAUCCAAGGUUCUGGGCCAGUCCAUGUCCAAAGGCACGCUCCUGGAGAGAGCCAAGGCUGAGCCGCGGUACCUGAACAGACUCCACCAGAUGGGCGUCCUGCUGGGCAUCACCGAGUGGGCGAGGGACUACCACUCCAAACUGCUCGCGCCCAAAGCCCCCGAUGCCGUCUCCCACCAACAGUCUGCGGUGGCCAGUGACCUGAAUGCUGAAGUCUCUGAGGCCAGCCUGUCUGACAGUGACGACGCCUCAGAGGAACACUCCGUCCGUGACUUCAAUGGCGUUGACAACUCAGAUUACAGUAGCGACCUCGAGGAUUACAGUGAUAACGAGCACCUCGGACUGGCCUCGGACCAGAGCGGCGACCUGAGCAACGACGAGGAGACAGAGGAGGGCCAUGCCGACCUGACUGCAGGUCAGCCAGGUGAAGUGGCGGCAGCAGCGGCCGAGGAGCCCGGCGCCCCAGAGGAGCAGCCUGAGCCGUCCAGACUGAGCCAGCAGAGGACCGUCAUUGAGGACAUCAGGAGGAGUGAUUUUGGGGUGGGCGUGGAGCUGAAUGAGGAGGGCCAGCGUCUGAUGCAGGUGCACCAGGAGCGUCUGGGCCGGAGCCUACAGCGCCUCUCCACCGAGCUCUACAGCAAAGACACACACUUCGUCCUGGAGCUCAUUCAGAAUGCAGAUGACAACAGCUAUCCCUCGGCUCAAGACGUUCAGCCGUCGCUGGCGUUCGUCAUCGAGAAGGACUGCAUCACCAUCCUGAACAACGAGUGUGGUUUCCUGGAGAGGAACGUGCGAGCCAUCUGUGACGUGGGCCGCAGCACCAAGGGCAAACACACAUAUGGAUACAUAGGGCAGAAGGGCAUCGGGUUCAAGUCGGUGUUCAAAGUGACGGACUGCCCCCAGAUCCACUCCAACGACUUCCACGUCUGCUUUGACAAGAACAGCGGCCCCAUGGGCUACAUCCUACCCCACUGGGUGGAGGAGGAGCGACCCGUGACUGCAAACGCCCCAGAGAUCUGUCACAAGAGCUGGACCACAAAGAUCCUGCUCCCUCUGCGCUCCGAGAGCCUCCAGACCAAGAACCUGUUCCGCGACGUCCACCCCUCUCUCCUGCUCUUCCUCCAUCGCCUGCGCUCCAUCACCAUCUUCAACCAGACCGAGGGGCGCUUGGUGACAAUGAGUCGGCAGGACCUGAGCCACAACAUCCUGGAGGUGCGGCACACCGGUGGCCUGGAGCGCUGGCUCGUCGUCAAGAACAUGCUCCACCCCAAGAAGAUUAAAGAGGAAGUAGAGUCCACGGAGUUGGCCAUGGCAUUCUGCCUGAGCGACGCUGCGUCCUCAUCCUCAUCUUCGUCCGACAUCCCUCUCCAGCCGCGGCAGCAGAGCGUCUUCGCCUUCCUGCCACUGCGCAGCUUUGGCUUCCGCUUCAUCAUCCAAGGGGACUUUGACAUCCCGUCCUCUCGCGAGGACGUGGACAGGGACAGCUCCUGGAAUCAGUGGCUGCGCUCCAACCUGCCUCAGCUCUUCAUGGAGGCCAUGGACGUCUUCAGCAAACACCCAGAAUUCAGCGGUCUGGAAGGACUGUGCUACUUCCUGCAGUUCGUUCCGCUUCCCGACGAGAUCCAAGACUUCUUUAGACCGGUGGCCAAUCAGAUCCUCCAGCUCCUCAAAGGCAGAGCUUGCCUACCGGCCAAAAUAGGCACAGACGGUAAAGUGGAGUACAAGCAGCCCUCCGAGCUGGCCGUGUGCCAGGACCCCGUCAUCCAGGAGGUGAUCGGGGCGGAGGACCUGGAGACGCACCUGCGGCUCUCCUACCUGCACCCCCACCUGCAGGCGCAGCUGCCCCCCUCCCUGCUGGCCACGCUGGGGGUGCGGCGUCUCCGCGGUGCCGACGUGGCGGCCGUCACCUGCGCCAUGGCCCGCGAGCUGGUGCAGAACGCCGCGCCCUUGUCAGGUACAGACAGACGGGACUCCCACAUGAGACAGCUGGCCAGGCUGCUGCAGUGUAACUACCGUGCCCAGGAGCAGGAGUACGGGGAGGCCCACGCCUCACUCCAGGGGCUCAAGGACCUUCCCGUGAUCCCUCUGGCCGACGGGCGCCUGGUGACCCUGAGCAGCGGAGGCGUCUUCUUCCCCCUCAGUGAGGAAGGGGAGGUCCAGAAAGGUCUGGAGGCUCUGUACCGUGACCUGUGUACGGUGGCUCCUGCUCUGCUGUCCAGUCUGGACGGUCUGGGGAACUCUCAGGUGCGGGAGCUGCUGCGCCGCCUCGGCGUCCACGAGCUGGAGCCCCAGCAGGUGCUCCGCCAGCACAUCUACCCCGCGCUCAGCGCCGACGCCUGGAAGUCAAAGCCGCAGGACGUGGUUGUCAGCUACCUGCUGUUCAUCAAGCAGCACGUCCGGGAGCAGGAGUACGGCAGCCUGACCACGCCCGUCCCCGUGCUCACCAACCGGGGCCUGCGGUGCCCGGCCCAGGGCAAAGUGCAUUUCUCCAAAGAAUACAGCAACAUCGACCUGCCCACCAAACUGCCUGGUGUGGACUGGGUGAUGGUUGACCCUUGCUACCUGCGGGCGGACCGUGACGUGGCGGGCUGGAGGGAGCUGCUGAUGGCCCUGGGCGUGAGAGACCUGCUCAUCUUCAGGAAGGAGAGGCGCACCCUCAGUGCACAGCAGCUGGCUUGUAGUCCAUGGGCAGAGGAGGGCAGACUGUGGCCCAAGCCGGCGGGCGGCGGCGUGUACACGCUGGAGGACUACCAGUGCGAGGAGUUCCAGGGCCUGGCCACCACGGAGGAGCUGUCGGCCCAGGCCAAGCUGGAGCAGAGGCAGGCGCUGCUCAGCCUGCUGGACAAGAACUGGGACACUGGAGAGAAAUACUCCCAGUACCUCAGUGCCCAGGUUGUUGAUGCCGAUGGCCGUUCCCUGCGCGACACCCGCUCCUCCUUCCUGAUCUCCCUCACCUGCCUACCCUGGGUGCCCACCUUCCGCGCCCAGCAGGACGACCAGCGGUCCGCCACCGCCUACCGCUGCCCAGGCUCCGUCUACCUCCACUCGCAGGAGGUGCACAGUUUGCUGGGGGCGCACGUGGACUACGUGCAGAUGGCCCCGAGCGAGUUCACCAGGGCCAUCGGCAUGAAGCACACUGUGUCCGUGGAUGAGAUGAUUGAUUACCUGAAGAGGUGGAGCUCACAGGCCUCAGCCGAGAUCGCGCCACCCGAGGGGGCGGAGGAGCCGCGGUUCACCACCACCGUCCAACACAUCAGCAACGUCUACAGCUACCUGCAGACCAACUGCCCCCCAGGCCAGCUCAAGGAGCUCCUCCAGCACACCCCUGCCGUGUUUGUCGAGUCAGAGAGAAUGAAAGACAACUGGUGCUCCGGCAAGUUCUACCACCUAAAAGAUGUUUGUUGGAACGACCCUACCGGAAUGUUCCAACGAUACAAGGAAAUGGUCCGUUCCAGCAAUGGUCUUCAAGAACCUAAAGUUCUGGCAAUCUUCUACACCAGCAUUCCGGACAUGAAAGCUCUGUUCUUAAAGCUGGGUGUGGAGCGCAACCCGUCCAUGAGGCAGUACGUGGACCUCCUGGAGCUGGUGUGCGAGUCCGAAUCCCAGGCCGCAGGCCUCAUCCUCCAGGACGUCUCCAUCAUCUAUGCCAAGCUGGCGGAGAAGUGUAAGAUGUGGUGCCCCGGUGGAGACCAGGAGCCAACGGUUCAGUUGAAUCAAAGCUACUGCCUCUCCCUCAGAGAUAUGCUGUGGAACAAGAGAGUGUUCCCCUCCAAACGCAGCUGCUGGGUGUCCCUGGCUCAGAGCCCCAUGAUCCCAGACGACAAACACCUGGAGAAGAUCUUCCAGGAUCACACCGAAGUGUGUCUCCUCAACCUGCCCCCUGCCCAGAAGAAAACCCCCACUCGCGCUAAACCUGGAACCUCAACAGCCUUCAAGCAGCCGCGCAGUGAGCCCACCUUCAGCGAGGAAGAGCGUGGCCUCCUCCUGGACAUCUGCGGCGUGCCGCGGCUCUCGGAGAGCGUCAGCACCGAGGCGCACACCGUCAGCUACCGGCCCUCGCCGGCCCUGCAGGCUCUGGUGCACGACGCCGUGCCCUACGUCCAGCAGUUCCUCUGCUCCCACGAGGAGUUCGCCGAGCUCUACGCCGAGCUCAAGGAGAACGCCAUCGCUCAGCAGAUCAAGGCGCUCAGCUUUGGGCAGGUGGGGGAGUUGUACAUUCAUUACCACUUGAAAGUGCCUGACGGAGAGGAGCUGUAUGAGCAGGAGAAUGUCAUCUGUCUCCUGAAGGACAGGAAGGAGCUGUACAUCCAAAAGGAUUAUCUCAAAUCCAAGUUGGACAUCUGCAGGGAGCUGGUGAAGCUGUUCAGCCCAGAGGGAACCCUGGCAGAGAAACUACAGACCUUCCUGGAGAGCUUGAUGGGCUCCAUAAAUGACCAAGGCGCGCUGAAGAGGUUCCUGGAAAUCAAGGGCAUUAAAGAACUUCCCAUUGAGGAGGAACCGUGGGAGGUCCCUAUGCCUGUGGACACAAAGCCUGAACCCUCGGCAGUUCCUGUGACGUGGCCAGCCAGCCGACCGGAUGAGGAGAGAAAGGCUCCGGCAGCAGGCGGAGAGGACGGGCUCUUCUGCUGGCCGCCCCAGUCGGCCCUCGCGGUCGGCGGCGGCGGUGGAGGCUCCGGCCAACCCAGAGGCACAGACCCCGCAGUGGAGGCGGUGAUGAAGAUGUGGCCUCCUCCAAACGCACCCAGCCCCUCAGCCGAGUGGACAGGCACACCGCCCUCCAUGAUGGAGGGGAGCACCAGGGCCACGCCCCUGUCUGGGGAGCCCCAGUCCCCCAGGUCUGAAGGUCCUCCAGGUCUUCCAGGCUCCAGGCUCUCCGGCAGCCACACGCAAGCCCCAGCUCAGAGCGCGGUGGGUGUCGUGCCGUCUUCCCCGUCCGAAGUGGCUCCGCGCCAGCCGAGCGGAGGAGGAGGUGGUGGAGGAGGAGGUGGAGGUGGAAGUGGAGCUGGAUACAGCGGCGCCUCCCACGCCCACAGCUCUCCUCACGACGAGCAGGACUCCCCGUCCACGCAGCAAAAUGCUCCUCUGGUCGAACCUCCUGAGGUGAUCUCCAGUCAGUUCCAGGGCGCGGGUCACAUGCAGCGCGUGCCCCUGGCUCUGGACUCGGCCGUGUGGGCCCACCCGCUGGGCGGCGAGGACGUGCUGAAGGACCUGGCCCUGGACUGCCCGCUGCCGCGCACCGUGGUGGAGAUCACGGACGACCCGGGCGACCUGCUGGACGUGGGCAUGUGGGGGGAGCGGCUGGUCCACUCCUUCCUGGCGCACUGGAAGAAGAACGGCCCGUCCGGGCCCGCGGAGGUCACCUGGUACAACCAGGACGGCGAGACGGGGCGGCCGUGCGACUUCAAGCUCACGUUCGGCGCCAACGGCUCGGCCGAGGUCGUCUACGUGGAGGUGAAGACCACCACCAAGCAGGACCGGCACCUGAUCCGGCUCUCGGCCAACGAGCUGGACUUUGCUCUCAAAGAGAAGGAGCGCUACCACAUCUACCGGGUCUACAGCGCCGGGGACGCCCAAAGCGUCCGCAUUUGCCGCAUCCGAAACCUCGCCCAGCACCUGCAUUCCAAAACACUGGAGCUGUUUUUGUUUGUGUAAACGUCAUUCCUUCUGUGUUUUUAAAGAAGCACCUUUUAUUUUUUGCUAUUUAUUCGAUAAGAAUUGCUUAGACUUUUUACAUUUUUUUAACCUCCUUUUUUUUUAUGAAAACAAGUGACCACAUAUUUUGUUCCUUUCAUAUGCACUGUUCAUGUGGCCAGUUUUUAAACUUGAAAAAAAAAUUCUUGUAAUUUUAUACUUACUUGUAAUGUA